CGCGGUGCCCACUUCCGAUCCACGAGCCAGGGCGGAAACAAAUGAUUCUUGUGUCUGCUUGCUGCGUUUGGGCUCAAAUUGAGCUGAACCUGCUCCGGAUUUAUUUCACAAUCAAGACAUGUUGCAUGUGGCAGCAAUGCCGAGCGUCUUAUAAAAGCCUACAGAUGGCGCCAGGUCACAUUCAGCUCACCCAAAAAAGAGCACGUUGAGCCACUUCCUCACAAAACACCAGCGGGCGGGGCCGACACUGCCAGAAGGGGCGUGGUCAAAAGAUGGAGAGCCGAUGCAGCAGCAGCGCCGACUCCAGGCAGGGGGUCCGCGUGGUGGUCAACUCCACGUCCAUGUCAGCGCGCGUGGACUCGUAUGAGGCGGUGGAGAAGAAGUGCAUCUCAGACGUCAGGAGGACCUUCUGCCUCUUUGUCACCUUUGACCUUCUGUUCAUCACCUUGCUGUGGAUCAUCGAGCUCAACGUGAACGGCGGCAUUCCCAAGCAGCUGGAUCAAGAAGUCCUCCAUUACGACUACCACGCCUCCUUCUUUGACAUUUUUCUGCUGGCCGUGUUCAGGUUCGCCUCGCUCAUCCUGGCCUACGCCGUCUGCAGGCUGCGUCACUGGUGGGCCAUAGCGAUCACCACCGCGCUCUGCUGCGCCUUCCUGAUUGUCAAAGUCAUUUUAUCCAAGCUGCUGUCUCAGGGAGCUUUUGGGUACCUGCUGCCCAUCAUCUCCUUCGUUCUGGCCUGGAUAGAAACAUGGCUGCUGGACUUCAAGGUUCUUCCUCAGGAGGCAGAAGAUGACAACAGGUUCCAGUCCUUCUUGGACGCUAGCGAGCGAGCGCCUCUCUUGUGUCCCGGUCCCAUGUCUGACGGGCAGUUCUACUCGCCGCCCGAGUCCGUGGCAGACACUGACGAGGACCUGGACGACAAACAAGGACUCUUUUAAGGAUGUCGUCAGAGGAAGUUAUUGGUCCGCUUUGAAAGGAAAACUGCGCCUUACGCUUUUUUACAUUUGAAUGUCGCACACAAGAACGCUAGAGGAAUUAGAAGAGGUCAAUGAAGCCAUGUUGACGUCCUCGAUAAGCUAUUAGAGAAGAUACGCUUUGCUCCGCAUGAAAGGAAGAUGCUGAGGCCAGUCAGACGCUCCCCCUCCACAAGAAAUGCGCAGCCUUUCCAAAAUAAAAGUGUCAAGAAGGUGAAGACGUGUGACGUUGUCUUCGUGACCUGCUCGUGUUUUUACAAAAAGAAAAAAAUGUGAUGAAUCAACAAAUAUAGACACAAACACUUUUAUUCUUUGUUCACAUUUUACUGACAGACCAAGAAGACAUGAUCUUGUAAAAGAAACAAUACUGAUAAGAAUAAAAAUUUUGAUUCGAAA